GACCGGAGCAGGGACGGACUUUCUGCACACACCCACCGAGUAUUUCUUUAUCCCACCCCAUUUUAUUUAUUUAUUUUUUUACUUAUGCACGACUCGUAUAAAAUAUAGGCAGCUAAUUCGCCCAGCGCCUUUUUUUUAGUCCAGUUUCAUCAGCAAUCUUCCCCCCCCCACAAUCCGAUUUACGAUCGCCUCUCCGCUCUUGAGUGAAAUGGGAUGACAUGGAAUUGUUCACGUCGACCAAGAUCGGGGAAAUCCUCGGCUUUGCCUUAGUAUUCCUGUCCAUCUCCGUGCUGGUAGACGGCACGGCAGACGUGAAUUGUGAGCAUGUUUACAAAGACUUCUCGAAAUGUGUCCUGGAGCUGGGGGAGAGCAUGGACAACUAUCAGGAGAACGUGACCAGUGAGAGAGGAGUGGAGGCCGUGUGCAGCCACUGGGAAGCUUUCCACACGUGCGCCCUGACGGCGCUGUCCGACUGCCAGCAGGAGGUCAGCUCCAUCUGGGAGACUCUGAGGCAGGACUCCAGAAAGAUGCACUUCCAGGGAAGCUUGUUUGACCUGUGUAGCCCCAGCUCAUCUCCGAGCACGAGUUCACCAGUUGUGGCGCUGACCCUGCCCCUCACGGCCAUGUUGCUCACCACCGGGCCCAGGUGGUCCUUCAUGUAAAGGCUGCCGCCGAAUCGGGGGUGGAAGGAGAUGGGAAGAGUGAGGUCGGUCUUGGGUGCCCCCAGGCUCAGUCUUCCCAAGCACAACCUAAAGCCAAGGAAUACAAGUAUUAUUUUGACGCUAGUAGCUGUAGUUAGUCAAACAAUCUUGGAAAGCAAAAAGAUUUGCCCAUCAUAUUGUCAAAAGGUUUAGUGGUCCCAACAAUGAGGUGAUUUUAAAGCAAUGCUUUGAUGUAUUUGUUUUUUAAGACUCCAUGUAUUAUGUGUUGUGGUUCAACAUUUGGCAAUUGCUUCCUCCAGUUCUGUAUGCUCAGUAUUUACGCAACUGCCACUAACUAUUUAGCUUAGCUUUGCACAUAUGGUUCAUAUCAGUGGCUGGCCAUGCAUUUGAUACCGAGGCCUUCAGUGGGGACUUAGACCUAAUCCACCUCUUAAUACCACCACUAUCACGGCACAAUUAUAGUAACCAUCAAUACCAAACAUAAAUUCAAUAUAACGGCACACAACUUUGUCAUGUACAUACAUCUGGAGGAGUUAAGAAUCAACAUACUGAAGAUGUAAUAAGUUAAUAACAUGACAAAAACAUUCACCAAAGUUGAAUCAAAUACGUCAUACUCACCAGAGAUUCUGAUUAUUAAAUGUGUGCAGAUUACUGCAGACUCGCUUGGUCUGACCAACCAAUUAGAGGACAGAAAAUGCUAACGUUAUUGUGGGCCAUGUUGCUUGCCCUUUGAAAAUAAUUAGAAAUCUGAUUGGUAACAAAAACAGUCCUACUGCUGUAAUAGAGGUUAUAAUAACAAUAAUAAUAAUAAUGUUACAUCAGCCAGUAGUACUGAUUCUGGAGGCCCUGGGCACAUUAGACUGACAUGGCAGCACACAGAGGCUGAAAUCUGAUUGGACAAAAAAAAAAAUUGUUUAAUUGCAUUGUAGCCAAUAGAAAUGCUAGGAAAUGAAGAGCACAGACUAUUGGGAAUCAAUUCAUACAAUUUCAUGGAACAAAUAUUAGCAUUUCAGUUGUAAAUAUAGUUAAGGAAUUCUGAGUGUUUAGGCAGGCAGAGAAGGCCUUGCUGGCUCUGACAGAUUACCCCCUAUACGUCCCAUGACAUGAUAUUUUAUCAUCAAAAAAGAGAUUGAAAAGAAAUUCCAGAUCCAGGCACUGAAACAGGAUAAAAUAAAUGGCCACCGGCCUUCGUCAUAAUGGUAUUUUAUCACUUUGACGAUACCAAAACGAUAAGUACUGUAUAAUGCUAAGAUAUUAUUAUUAAGUGAGUGAGGUAGAGAAGCUGAGGGGAUAUGCGACCUACUUCUUCGUGCUAAGCUAACCAUUUUGUUGUAAGAUAUUUAGCACUAAGCUGUCACCACUUUAGGUAUUUGCCUGGUAUUCAAAUGAGUGCCCAUUCUCACAAUGUAUUUUUUGAAUGCAAUUUAAAAUUUGGUGAAAUUCGUGUGACUUCGGAAAUUUAAGGAGGAUUUACUUUAAUUUAGUAUUAGCAUGUUAAAUAUGACCUGUCCUCCUGAAUGCUAAUGUAAAGUUUAGGUUAUCAAAUUAAUAUUGACCUAUUGUCCCCCAGGGACAAGUGUUAAAAGUGAAACAAUUAUUCUGAAAGAAUUGUUUCUGCAAAGGGAGAAUCUAAUGACGUUAAAAUACAUAGCAAGUGGUGCCCCUCAUUUUAAAGUGGUUUAGUCAGGACAAUCAAGCUUUUUACAAAAUGCUUUUUCACAACACUUCAAUCCAAUUUGGGUGAAGUUCCAUUGUUCCUUCUGAGAUGCCAAGAAGUGUUUGAUUUAGUGUGACUUUAUUAUUAUUAAGUUACUUGCUGUCCAGCAUUUUACAUAACCAAAUCAAAUAUGUGAUAGGCAAUAGCAGCUGCUUUUGUAAUGCAACAGUAUUUUCCAAAUACAAUUUUUAUAUAAGGACUGAAGAUUUUCAAUACAUUUCAAUCAAUUAGUUAUAAGAUUUAAAAUAGGGCCAAAACAAUAUAUUACAUUACUCAAUUUAAAUAUUUGCCUUGCUUACUAAUUCAGUUUUUUUCAUCCAUCCAUCCAUUCUACUUAUAUUUUUCACAUAAAUGUAAGUAUUAUGUAAGUAUAAGUAUCAGUGCUUCAGUUUGGUUCGCAUCAACCCAAACUAUUUGACACAUCUGGUCAAUAAACUGCCACAGGUGUUAUUUUAAUUAGUAAAUUUGCAUUUGAAGAGCCACAGACACCAACAAAAGUCUCAUAAAAUUCACCAGUAAUGAGAAGCAGUAUUUAUUUUUAAUGUCAACAUGCUCACUAUACCAAUUGUUGAUCUUUGUCUCUUUUCCCAGUUACCUCUCUUGUCAUAUAAAUGCAUGACUGCUUUGUGACGGUGCUUCAGAUCAUUGGAGAGUGUGUUGAUUUCACCUCGGACAAAGUAUACUGAUCAAUGAAGCUAUAAGACAUACUCCAAACCGCAUUGGCACACAUUCAUCACCCACCAUGUACCCUCCCUUGUCCUCUAUUGGCAUGAUCCUUCUGGUUGUUUCGAUUUAUUCUCUAAUGUUGCGCAGGUGCUAGCAUGAUGUCAUCCAUUGUGUCUAUGCAGUAGUAAGAAAUCCAAUUUUCCUCAAGCAUGAGCAAUAUGUAAGGUCACUUCUUCAGAGAGGACUCUUAUCCCGCUGUGUGUAUUUCAAGAGCGCAUGAACAUUUUUAACAUAAAAAUGAUUAGAUUCAAAUUUAGGGCAAACAUAUGAAUGUAAAACCAAGCUCAAUAUGUUUUUGUUUGCUAGUAGAAAAGCACACUAUUUACGAGACCGUAUAGGAUCCAAGCAAUAUAUAGCAAAGUAAUGUGUUUGUAAUAAAGCACCAGCACUGUAA